CUAACAGUUAUUAUAAUAACUGAAAACUGAAUUUUCAAACAACAGAUGAAAAUAAUUUUUUUUUAAAUAAAAAAAAACAUAACUUUUCGGACAUUAAUUUUUUUGUGGUCAACUCUUCAUUAUCGGUCAUCCAUUAUCGGUAAUAACAGACAACAAGUAGUGUCUGACCACAUUUGAAAGGUACCAACAAAAUAAAUGUCGGCCAAUCAUAAAAAUAACAGCAAAACAAUUGCCGGCGCCGGCGGCAGUGUCGGCCAACAACAACAAGUUGUCAACAAUGGUGGUCGUAGUCGUCGUCGGGAAAUACUAUUGGAGCGGCAAUUGUCGGAUACCCGACGCGAACUGGAACUCAAUCGGCAACUAACCGACCAAUUGGAUCGUAUUCGUCGUUCCCAACAACGUCUACAACUGGUAACCAGUCGUCUGGUCUACGAUAUUGCCGAUCUGGACGACCAACAGCUGGAACAGCUACACAAUCAGGAACGGUCAACAAUGGCCGAACUGAGACAAUUGGAUCGGCGGCUGGAAAUGUUGCAACAAAUACAGAACAACGAAUGCGAUUUGCGGGUAAAGAUGUUGUCGUAUAAGCGGUCACCGAAAAACCAGAGAGCAUUGGUUAUCGAUAAUAAGGAAGUGUUUAUCGAUACCGGAGCCGAUGCCGAUGUCGAUGAUGAUGUUGUGGACAACGAGGACGAUAACAACAACAGUGAUAACGAGGACAAACAGUCAAAAUCCGGAUCCAUUGGCACUGAUGGUAGCGGUAGUGUCUAUUCGACGGGCAGUGGCCGGGCUUUUGGCCGCAAACGACAGCACGAAUACCAGCGAAUCGGACGACUCAAACGUUGGACCUAUUAUUUGGUUUUGGCAAUUAUUGUUGUUAUAAUAAGCAUUUUGAUUGCUAAUUAUUUCAUUGAUACGCACAAAUGGGACAUUAAUUUUCACAUUUUUGACCGGUAAGGUAGGGGUUGGGAAGGGAUGGGAUGGGAUGGGAUGGGAAUGGUAUAGUUUGUUUGUUUGUGUUAUUAUCAUCAUCCAUAUCGUAUCAGCAGUACUCAUAUCCAUUGCAUUAACCAUUGAAAUGGACAGUUAUAUGAUAAUAUA